GUGGGGUGAGGGGUGGUGGUGUUGUUUGGUUUCUGUUGAUGUCAAAAAGUUACACAAGCGGGCACUGGGCUUCUACUAAAGGGCGGUUUCACAACCAUAAACAAGGACUCACGCCUCCAUUCACCGUCCACAUCCACCGACUCCAGCCGAGGGCGCAGAGCUGUUAUCGCCGCCGAGGAGAUAAUUAGAAAAACAAUAACAUCAGCCAGCGGUUUAGUGCGGCUCAGGGCUUUUGACAGUCUCCUCCACGCCUUCCCCUCCGUGGAAGAUAACCGUGAAAAGAAACGCGCUCUCCAGCCCGCGUCUGACAAGCCUGUGUGAGCGGAAAUAAUUGGGAAUACGCCGGUAUGUCAACGUGACUGUCUCUCAAAGUAGUGCGUUAACAAGUCCCUCCGCUGUCUCCUGUUUGCACCCGAGCCACAAGUCCGCCGCGUCUCUAAUCAGCUUCCCGGGGAGAGACAACCUGGACCACCGUGGCCUGUGAGUCCCUCAUCUUCUGCUUGGAAAAAACAAAAAAUAACUAAAUAACCAAACAACCCCCACAAAACCAUUGGACCAUGGAGCUGGGAUCAGUGAUUUUAACGACCGGGUGCUCAGUCGGAUUUUUCAGACUUGUCAACACGGGGGUCAGUAAACUCCCCAUGCCCGAGUCCGCCUGCAGGAAUGCGUGGAAAUGGAGAAACAUCUCCACGUCCUUCGUGCACAGCUUCAUCACUGCGAUAUGGGCAGUGCUUUGCUUCUUCGUCCAGCCACAGAUGGCCGAGGACCUGAUAGAAACGCAUUCUGUGUUUUCUCAUGCGUUGGUGUCCUUUUCAAUCGGUUACUUCAUCUAUGACUUCUUUGACAUGGUCGUCUACCAGAAGCUGAAUCACUCCUGGGAGCUGCUCUUUCAUCACACCGUGGUGAUCACCUGCUUUGGCCUUUCGGUGCUGUCAGCCCGCUACGUGGGCUUCGCCGUGGUGGCCCUGUUUGUGGAGAUCAACUCCGUGUUCCUUCACCUCAGGCAGCUCCUGCGCAUGUCCAACAUCGCCACGGGCACGAUGUACCGCGUCAACAGCAUGAUCAACCUGGGCACGUACGUGGUGUUCCGCAUCAACACGCUGGCCUGGAUGACCCGCUGGCUGGUGCUCAACAGGGACAAGGUGCCCCUCCUGGCGUACACGCUGGGCAGCGUGGGCAUGGCCAUCAUGACGUGCAUGAACAUUGUCCUCUUCUGUCGGCUGCUCAGGAGCGACUUUUUAAAGAGCAGCACCCGGGAGACUAAGAAAGAGAAGGAUAUGUAGAGAUAAGGAGGAAGAGAAACAAGAAGGAUUCCUUUUUUUUUUGUUUUUUUUUUGUUUUUUUUUUAUUUUAAACAUACGCGUUACUGUAUAUUAACACCUGUGGCUGAGAUUCGGUACUGUCGCCUCCGUGUGAAACUGAAGAACAUGCACUCAAAGUGAAAUCAAAUGGCGUCUCUUCAAACACUGGUCACACAUCCAUGUAGCCAUCAGCCUUGUCUCCGGCUUGGGUUUUGGCUUCCGUGCUCGUGUGUCGCUGUGAUCUUCACAUGAACAGUGCGAGGCCUCGUUAAAUGACACCAAGCGCCUUAUUGUCCCGAGGGGUGUUUCAGCUAAAUCUGUUCUAAAAUGUAGCGCCUGACGAAUGACGACGCACUGUUCACAAAACUAGCCCUUCGACGCUCAUAAAUAAAUACGACGAUAUCUUUAGUUUCAUUAUAACAAUAGCUUUUUAUUCCUAUUAUAUAUAUAUUAUAUUACAUAUUAUGGACAUUUUUUUUUUUCCAAAAAAAUCUCCUCAGCUACAAAAAACGCGUGCUACCUCAGAGAACUCGCAACAGUUCUUUGCCUCUUUCUAACACAAGCUUUGCGGUCAGUGUUUGGCAGAUUUUUAGGAAAGAAAAUGAUAAAUCACAAGAACUUUUUUUUUUGUCUAUAGAUUAAGAAAUUUCAGCAGAUGUUAGUCCUAGCGGAAGGAGAGAAUAGUUUACGCAUUUAAAGCCAUAUUUAAGUAAAGCAGAACAAAACAAGCUGCAUGAUAUUUGAUGGACUGUUUAAGUUUGAUGAAUUAGCCAUAAGAGGCUUUACAUUUAUUAUAAUCAUACAGUACAAACUCUGACCCACCCGGUCUUUAUCUCAGUCCACCUUCAAAAGAAACAAAACGACAUCCAGUCACCUCUGCCUCCUGUCAGAAUUGCAGUCACCUGUGCGCCCAUCAGCAGUCAGUUGUGCACUUGUGUCCUGUGAAAAGACAUGAAAUAAUAAAAAAAAAUAGAGGCUAAACGUCAUAGGUAGUGCUGUACUAUAAACUGCCAUGCAUAUUUUUGUAAUUUGUGUGUAUUCCCGUAGCGUACAGUCUGCAGUAGGAGCUCUCAGAGAGAAGCAGGAGUUGCCAUUCUUCAUUUAGCCAAUGGAGGACAGCACAUUCCUUCACACCUAAACAACAGUGACCUCGACGCUGCCACCGGCUAAAACUUCCUCCUAGAUCUCUGCCGCCCUGCCCCUCGUUUGCUAACAAGUGCCACUAAGGUGGGGGAGAAAGGGUCUGAGAUCUGUGAAUACGGCAAACUGCUUUACACGUGGCUGCUUCAUGCCAGCCUCUUCUUCCAGCUCAAAUCACAUCGUAACAGUCCUCCUGGUCAUGUUUGAUGCCAUUUGUGUUUUGCCUUGUUGCUUAAUUCCUUCUUUUUUUUUGUCUGUGUGCAUGUAUAAUCAGUGUUUGGAUAAUUGUUUAUCUUUUUUAAUUUAUUUGUACUAAAAGACAAGCUGUGGAUUAAAAAUGAAAUGAACAGUUGUUCAAAAGGUUUCCUUGUUGUGAAAAUAGUCGAUUCUAGCCGACGGGACCGUGUUCGUCCUGUCGUUGGAGGGCGUCUCGCUACUUUUUAUGCUUCCUCAGAUACAAUUUUCUCCGCUCAGUGUCUGUGAGAGCGAGCCCUCAGUCAUCUCAGCUUGAAUCUGUUCAUGUUCAAGCCCUAGAACCAGACUGUCCAACCGUAUUACAAACACAGCAGCGUGUGUGUGUGUAAACUGAACAUGCUCACUUGCAGUUGAAAGGAAACGCCACAACCAAAUUAAAAACUAAGCACUUAAAGCUGAUAAAGUGGCAAAAAAACAAACAAAAAAACAAUCCACAAGCUGAAGCCUUUGUGUGACUCUGUCCACAUUAAACUCCAAACAUCACUGCACUAAUGAAAUGACACUGUUUGGGAGAAGACAGUAAAGUCUGGAUCAGGGUUGUUUAGGAUCAGAGUGUCUCCCCGUUUGUGAAUGUUGAUUUGCAUUUUAUUUUAGAGCAGCUUUGUGGUUGUAGUGAAGACAGCUGAAUUGAAGUUUUUUUUUUUUUCUAACAAGCGAGCUGAGCUUACACUUGUGAAAGUGUGUUGUGUAAAGGCUGUAAUGUUAUUGAGGUCAUGCAUUUAUGAUACCAUUUGCUAAUUGUGUUUUAAUGAGUUGUGAUGAAACAUGGGAGGAACCGCCUCGUACUUAAGUCUUAAAGACUCCAAGGGAACCCUUUUGAACUUCUCUCUGCACUCCACGUCCUGCCUUUUUUUUUUUUUUUUUACUGCCUCUAUGGGUUCGACUUCCAAACAUGUACCGAGGCCUCAAGAAGAAGAUGUUACGGUUUUAUUUUAUUUUUUUGUAGCUGUUGGACAAAACAGUUUCAGGAUGUGGUUGCAGAGUAAGUAGCAGUGACCGUGGAGCCUCAUUCCUCAUCGUACACAAUAAAUGUAAUGACUGCAUUGGUUCUCGACUCUUUUAAUAGCUCCACUAUUAGAGAAGGAGAGAAGACUGGAUCAUCACAACCAACAAUAAUUACCACGUCAAUGUGUCUUUCUUUACUCAUUUAUAAGCUUUUUUUGUUUUUUUUGUCAUGGUGAUUGGUGAAGUAAUACCAGUGGAGACACUGUGCGGCUUGUUAAGAACUUAUGUCUCCUCCGUUAAGGAGGGAAAAUGAAAUGCUGUACUAAAGCAAUGGAAACUAUCCUAGCUUCUGCUUAUAAUUUCUUUUUCUUUUUUUGUGCCAGUUUUGCCUCAAACUGUCAUAUUUAUAUAUGACUGUAAAUAUAACAGUUUUAUUUUUCCGUGUUUUGGCAGAAAUUGUUUUGUAAUUAAAUUUCCAGUUUCUAUGUUUAUAUAAUGACAUUAUUUGUUUAACGUGAUAAUAAAGAUGAAAUGAGAAAUGA